CCACCAACGUUGUUAGUGGGAGGUUAUAAAAGUAGGGGAUUUCUUUCUCUCCCGUUUAGUAUUCAAGUGUUCUUCAACGGAGUCACAAGUCUUUAAUCGUGAUAUUAUUUUUCUGAGAAUAAAAUCGAUAUUUUGGAUUUCUACGUCUUAUAUAAUUGGCAAACAUGCAGAUUUUUGUGAAAACAUUGACGGGGAAGACAAUCACCCUCGAGGUUGAGGCUUCCGACACGAUCGAGAAUGUUAAGGCAAAAAUUCAGGACAAAGAGGGAAUCCCACCAGAUCAGCAGCGUUUGAUUUUCGCCGGUAAACAAUUGGAGGAUGGUCGCACAUUAUCCGAUUACAAUAUUCAAAAGGAAUCAACGCUCCACUUGGUUCUUCGUCUUCGAGGUGGAAUGCAAAUUUUCGUUAAAACUUUAACUGGCAAAACAAUUACCCUCGAAGUUGAGGCAUCCGAUACAAUUGAGAAUGUUAAGGCUAAAAUUCAAGACAAAGAGGGAAUCCCACCAGAUCAGCAGAGAUUGAUCUUCGCUGGCAAACAAUUGGAAGAUGGACGCACACUUUCCGAUUAUAAUAUUCAAAAAGAAUCCACUUUGCAUUUAGUUCUUCGUCUCAGAGGUGGAAUGCAGAUUUUCGUUAAAACUCUCACAGGCAAAACCAUCACUUUGGAAGUCGAAGCCUCCGACACAAUCGAGAACGUAAAAGCCAAAAUUCAGGACAAAGAGGGAAUCCCACCAGACCAGCAGAGAUUGAUCUUCGCCGGCAAACAAUUGGAGGAUGGUCGCACCUUGUCCGAUUAUAAUAUUCAAAAAGAAUCCACAUUGCAUUUAGUACUUCGACUCCGUGGUGGAAUGCAAAUCUUCGUUAAAACCUUGACUGGAAAAACAAUUACUUUGGAAGUCGAAGCUUCCGACACAAUCGAGAACGUAAAAGCUAAAAUUCAAGACAAGGAGGGAAUCCCACCAGAUCAGCAGAGAUUGAUCUUCGCCGGUAAACAAUUGGAGGAUGGCCGAACACUUUCCGAUUACAACAUUCAAAAGGAAUCCACUCUUCAUUUGGUUCUCCGACUUCGCGGUGGUAUGCAAAUUUUCGUCAAGACCUUGACCGGAAAAACAAUCACUUUGGAGGUUGAAGCUUCCGACACGAUCGAAAAUGUCAAGGCUAAAAUUCAAGACAAAGAGGGAAUUCCACCAGAUCAGCAGAGAUUGAUCUUCGCUGGCAAACAAUUGGAAGAUGGACGCACUUUGUCCGAUUAUAACAUUCAGAAGGAAUCGACGCUUCACUUGGUCCUUCGUCUUCGUGGUGGAAUGCAGAUCUUCGUUAAAACUCUUACUGGUAAAACCAUUACAUUGGAGGUUGAAGCUUCCGACACAAUUGAGAACGUUAAGGCUAAAAUUCAAGAUAAGGAGGGAAUCCCCCCAGAUCAGCAAAGAUUGAUUUUCGCCGGUAAACAAUUAGAAGAUGGACGCACACUUUCCGAUUACAAUAUACAGAAGGAGUCCACAUUGCAUUUAGUUCUCCGACUUCGUGGUGGAAUGCAAAUCUUCGUUAAGACCUUGACUGGUAAAACCAUCACUUUGGAAGUUGAGGCAUCCGACACGAUCGAGAACGUGAAAGCCAAAAUUCAGGACAAAGAAGGAAUCCCCCCAGACCAGCAGAGAUUGAUCUUUGCCGGUAAACAAUUGGAAGAUGGACGCACACUUUCCGAUUACAAUAUUCAAAAAGAAUCCACCCUUCACUUGGUUCUCCGACUUCGCGGUGGUAUGCAAAUUUUCGUAAAGACCUUGACCGGAAAAACAAUCACCCUGGAGGUUGAAGCUUCCGACACGAUCGAAAAUGUCAAGGCUAAAAUUCAGGAUAAGGAGGGAAUUCCACCAGAUCAGCAGAGAUUGAUCUUCGCUGGCAAACAAUUGGAGGAUGGACGCACCUUGUCCGAUUAUAACAUUCAGAAGGAAUCGACGCUCCACUUGGUCCUUCGUCUUCGAGGUGGAAUGCAAAUUUUCGUUAAAACUUUGACCGGAAAAACGAUUACUUUGGAAGUCGAAGCCUCCGACACGAUAGAGAACGUAAAAGCCAAAAUUCAGGACAAAGAAGGAAUCCCCCCAGAUCAGCAAAGAUUGAUUUUCGCCGGUAAACAAUUGGAAGAUGGACGCACACUUUCCGAUUACAAUAUUCAAAAAGAAUCCACCCUUCACUUGGUCCUUCGGCUUCGUGGUGGUAUGCAAAUUUUCGUCAAAACCCUAACUGGUAAAACCAUCACCCUGGAGGUCGAAGCUUCCGACACGAUCGAAAAUGUCAAGGCUAAAAUUCAAGACAAAGAGGGAAUUCCACCAGAUCAGCAGAGAUUGAUCUUCGCCGGUAAACAAUUGGAGGAUGGCCGAACACUGUCCGAUUAUAAUAUUCAAAAAGAAUCCACUCUUCAUUUAGUUUUACGACUUCGAGGUGGCGCUUUUUAAAAAGCUUUUUCAUUUAAAUAAUAAUAAUAAUUAAAAAAAUAGAUAUGAAAAUUUUUGUUUAUUCCACUAAACUUAGUCAACUUUUUUUAUUUUCGAUGUAUUUUUAAA